ACGAAACUGCAUUUAUACAGCAGUGUCGAUUGGAGCUGGGCUCGCUGCUUUCCAUCCAAAUGGUUCUGGAAGGAAUCAGACAAAUGAUAUUGCACAAUACAAAACUGACCCCAAUUCUCCAUUUCUGGGGAUGAUGGGAGUUUGUCCUCCUUGUAUAAUAAGCCCUGCUUUCUCCAUUGCCUUGCUCUUUGCCGUGCCACCGAAGAAGCUCCUCGAAUCUUCUCCAAGCAGCACAGAGAUUAACUUCUGGGGAGGUUUUACGGGACAGAAGGUAAGGCUCUUAGGACCCCGUAAUCCCCAAGUUUGCCUCUGGGAUAAUCGGGGAUUACCGCCUGAUCCCCGCUGGAUCCCCUAAGUGGAUUUCCCUCCGCCGGCAUCUAUAACAGGAGGCCCCGGGAAAGGAUUGUGCCCGGUUGGCGGCGCUUGGCAGCGGUCAGCAUGUCCGGCCAAGAAGACUUCUACCUCUUUGAGAACAUCUCCUCGGUGGGGCCCUGGGAUGGGCCCCAGUACCACAUCGCCCCGAUGUGGGCCUUCUACUUCCAGACCGCCUUCAUGGGCUUCGUCUUCUUCGCCGGGACCCCGCUCAACGCCAUCAUCCUCAUCGUCACCGUCAAGUACAAGAAGCUGCGCCAGCCGCUCAACUACAUCCUGGUCAACAUCUCCUUCGCCGGGUUCCUCUUCUGCACCUUCUCCGUCUUCACUGUCUUCAUGGCCAGCUCACAGGGAUACUUCUUCUUCGGGAGGCACGUCUGCGCGAUGGAGGCCUUCCUGGGAUCGCACGGGGGCCUGGUCACCGGCUGGUCGCUGGCCUUCCUGGCCUUUGAGCGCUACAUCGUCAUCUGCAAGCCUUUCGGCAAUUUCCGCUUCAACUCCAAGCACGCCUUGCUGGUGGUAGCGGCCACGUGGUUCAUCGGGAUCGGGGUCUCCAUCCCGCCCUUCUUCGGGUGGAGCAGGUACAUCCCGGAGGGCCUGCAAUGCUCCUGCGGCCCGGACUGGUACACGGUGGGCACCAAGUACAAGAGCGAGUACUACACCUGGUUCCUCUUCAUCUUCUGCUUCAUCGUCCCCUUGACCCUCAUCAUCUUCUCCUACUCACAGCUCCUGGGCGCACUGCGGGCCGUGGCGGCCCAGCAGCAGGAGUCGGCCACCACGCAGAAGGCGGAGCGGGAGGUCUCUCGGAUGGUGGUGGUGAUGGUGGGCUCCUUCUGCCUCUGCUACGUGCCCUACGCCUCCCUGGCCAUGUACAUGGUCAACAACCGGGACCACGGCCUGGACCUGCGCCUGGUCACCAUCCCCGCCUUCUUCUCCAAGAGCUCCUGCGUCUACAACCCCAUCAUCUACUGCUUCAUGAACAAACAGUUCCGCGCCUGCAUCUUGGAAACGGUGUGUGGGAAGCCCAUGUCGGACGAGUCGGACGUGUCCAGCUCGGCCCAGAAGACGGAGGUGUCCUCGGUGUCCUCCAGCCAGGUCAGCCCCAGCUAAGGGGGCAGAGGCCGUGGUGCCAUCGCGGGGAAGGACGCCGGAGAAGGAUCCAGCAUGGGGAUCCCCACGCCCAGCCAAUUUGGCCUCUUAGCUUUACCUGGGCAAAAGGGACAGGUGUAGGUGAGACGACAACGCCAACCACGCCGGGUCAGGCCACGGGCUAUUGAUUUAUUGGGGGACCUCCUUCGUUUGCCUCCCUAAGAACCUCCAGGAUCCGCUUGACCAGCGCCGUGAAAAAGAGCCCCGUUCGCUCCGAAUUGGGAAGCGGCCACAAGAAGUGAUCCAAGUUAUCCGGUUUAAUUUCCCCCGAAACUAACAUUGUCAUCAACGAAGCACAUGCUGACAAACGAGAAAGAUAACGAACCACAAGAAAGGAGUUAAAAGUCAACCGCAGAACCGAGUGAAACCUUCAUGGGUCUCGUGAAUAGUUUUUAAACACAGGUUCUAGACAGGAGUUUUCAAUGCUAAUUAGGGUGAUUAACUGCAACAUUCACACUGGCCUACUACUGACAAAAGGAUUUUUUUUUCUCACACCCUGGACUUUCCACAGAUGAUAAUAAUGAUAAUAAUAAUCAUCAUCAUCAUCAUCAU